AUGAUGGGAGAGAGAUAUGGCGGUGGACCGCCCCAACAAGGGCUCCUCCUCGCGGUGGUGCUCGGCGUGGUGGUCCUCGGCCCGUACGUCCUAGGCGAGCAAGGCCAGGCCAUGUUCGACGCCAUCGUGGAGCUGCUCUCGCCCGCCAGCCUCCUCAUCUUCACCGUUGUCCUCCUCCUCACCAUCCAAUUCAUCUCGUCCAACCGCCGUGUCCACUUCUCACCCGGCUAUCCUCCCUACGGCGAACCAGAUCCGCUCGAGCGAUACUUCGGGGGGUCGCCGUCUCCUGUCGGGGUCGCGUUGGUUCUCAUCCUGGUCUUGUUUCUGCUGCAGAAUAAGGUAUCUCUCUUCGGUGGAGGCGAGGAGGAUGAAGGCGAUGAGUGA